AUGGCUGAUACCUCCGCCGCGGCAACGGCAACGGGAGCCGUCCCUGCAGAAUCCCCUGCGCAAAAGCAAGCACGCCUUAGGAGGGAGCGACGAGCGGCCAAGCUGCAAGAUGGCGAGAAUCGGCUGCAAGCCAUCACCGCGCUCCAGGGUGGUACGCACAGAGAUGUGAAGAAAGAUCUACCAGCUAAACCCUCUCCCUCUGCGUCUCCGAAGCCCGGACUCUCGGGGACAGCCACACCUGACCCCGCCGAAAUUGACAUCUCGGAGCACCACUACACCCCCGCCGCACAAGCCCGCCUGCCCUCGCCCUUUGCCUUCGAUGAUGGCGCGUCUCCCCAAUUCGGUGCGGGGCAGGGUCCACCUGGGCAGGAUGACAUGAUGGCAAUGCUGCAGCAGAUGAUGGGCGGUGGAGGGCCAGGAGGUAUGCCAGGGGCACCAGGACAGUCAGGCGAUCUCCCACCGGGUCUUGCGAAUCUUAUGUCCGCCAUGGGGGGCGGAGGAGCUGCACCCGAGCCGUCCCCAGAGCAGUCGUCUGCAUGGCUAUGGAGGCUAGUCCACGCCCUCUUUUCCUUCGGCCUCGCGGUGUACAUUGUACUCCGUACGCCUUUCACCGGCUCAAAACUCUCCCGCGAGUUCCACGGCGAUAACGACGACUGGGCGAGCGACACCUCGGCGGCCGAGACCUUUGCGCAUUUCUUCUACCUGUUCGCUACCUUCGAAGUCGUCCUCCAGACCUCGCGCUACUACAUCGAGCGCGGUCGGUUGCAAGGAAGCGGUAUCCUCAGCACCAUCGGCGGACUGCUCCCAGAGCCAUACGCAGGAUACGUGAGGGUCAUCGGACGGUACAGCGUGAUAUACAGCACGGUGGUGAGCGACGCCAUGGUCGUGGUCUUCGUGCUAGGUGCGGCCUCAUGGUGGAAGGGCGGUGCGGCGGCAUGA